AUGUCAGACGUAACAUACCUCAAAUCGUUAUUAGGUGUUCACCCUGAUUUCCCUAAGAAGGGAGUAACUUUCCUCGAUAUAUUCCCAAUCCUUCGUGAUCCCGUUGCCUUUGAGACUCUCAUAACCCACCUUAUCCACCACAUCUUGACCACCAACAAAGAUCGACCUGAAGUUAUCGUUGGAUUAGAUGCCAGAGGGUUCUUGCUGGGUCCUAUCAUAGCUAUGAGAUUAGGUGCAGCUUUCGUACCUGUGAGAAAAGGUGGUAAAUUACCUGGAAACGUCGAAGUGGUCAAAUACGAGAAAGAGUACGGUCAUGAUGAAUUCGAAAUGCAAGCCGGAGCUAUCCAACAAGGUCAAAAAUGUAUCGUCAUUGACGACCUCAUCGCAACUGGUGGAUCAGCAUCUGCAGCAGGUGAAUUGAUCAAGAAAUCAGGUGGUGUAACUUUAGAAUACGUUUUCAUCGUAGGAUUACCUUUCUUGAACGGUCAUAAGAGACUCGAUGGUCCUUCUUAUUGGAUCGUAGAAGCUGAGGACUAA